AUGAUCAGCCGUGCCCUGGGCCCGGAGUUCGGGGGCAGCAUCGGGAUCAUGUUUUUCCUGGCCAACGUGUGUGGCAGUGCCCUCUACGUGCUGGGGCUGGUGGAGGCGGUGGUGGACAGCUUUGGGAUCCCGCCUGGGCAAAAAGUGGGCUCAGGCAUCCACGUCCUUCCCCAGAGCUACUGGUAUGAGCUGCUCUAUGGCACUGUGCUGCUGGCCCUCUGCCUCCUUGUGUGCCUCGUGGGCGCCUCCAUCUACGCCAAAGCCACCUUCCUCAUCUUCCUCAUCGUUGCGGGUGUCCUGGGCACCAUCCUCGUCAGCUUCUUCGCCACGCGGCCCAUCGGAGUGCCCAUCCGCCUGCCCCACUUCAACAGCUCUGAGACCGAGAACGGCUCCUUCACCGGCUUCUCCCUCGCCACCCUGCGAGAUAACCUGGGAGGCGGGUAUGGGGUGGACUACACCACCGGGCAGAUGAUGAGCUUCAGCUCCGUCUUCGCGGUGAUGUUCAACGGCUGCACCGGCAUCAUGCUCCCAAAAUUUUUUUUUAGGUAUGGGCAGGGGGUGCCGGGGGACCUGAAGCGCCCGAGCUACUCCAUCCCACGGGGCACCAUCUCGGCCGUGCUCUUCACCUACCUCGUCUACAACCUGCUGGCUUUCCUCAUGUGUGCCACUUGCAACAGGACCCUCCUGCAGAAAGACUACGGCUUCCUGCGCGACAUUAGUAUCUUCCCGCCCCUGGUCACCGUGGGCAUCUACGCUGCCACCCUCUCCGCAGCCAUGAGCAACCUCAUCGGGGCAUCCCGCAUCCUCUACGCCCUGGCCCGGGAUGAUCUCUUCGGCCGGGCGCUGGCACUGGCCAAGAAGACAUCUGCCAGCGGGAACCCAGUGAUGGCAGUGAUCCUCUCCUGGCUGGUGGUGCAGCUGGUGCUCUUCUCUGGGAAGCUCAACACCAUCGCAGGGGUUGUGACCACCUUCUUCCUCCUGGUUUACGCCACUGUCAACCUGGCCUGCCUGGCGCUGGAGUGGGCAUCGGCCCCCAACUUCAGGCCCACCUUCCGGUACUUCACCUGGCCCACGUGCCUGCUGGGCAUUGCGGGCUGCUGCGUCAUGAUGUUCCUCAUCAGCCCCGUGUCGGCCUCGGCCAGCCUGGGCUUCCUCCUCCUCCUCCUCCUCGCUCUCCACUACCUCUCGCCCAGCAGCACCUGGGGCUACAUCAGCCAGGCCCUCAUCUUCCACCAGGUGCGGAAGUACCUGCUGAUGCUGGACGUGCGGAAGGACCACGUCAAGUUUGUGCUGCUGAUGGUGCAGACCCCACGGGGCAGCGCCCGCCUCAUCGACUUUGUCAACGACCUCAAGAAGAGUGGCCUCUACGUCCUGGGCCAUGUUGAGCUGCAGGAUUUGG